AUUUUAUGAUGGCAACACUACUCUACGUUAUAUCGAUUGUAAAUAUAGAUACUACUUCUAUUUUUCUCUUCUAACACAUUAUUUUUUACUUAUGUAGAUGCUGCAAUUGAACAACAAAUGUCAAUGACUGGUGCAAGUAUGUUUUGGCUUGAUGCUCUUCAAGACUGUAAACUUGAUCAAUCUUUGUCAUUACCAUUUGAUCGAUAUCGUCUCUCAAACGAGCAUCGAACUGGCCGUGGAACAACUAUUUCAUCUGAUUUUGGUCAAGAUCUCUCACAUGACUUUCUUAUCCAUGCAUCAUCAAAUAAUAUAUCUCUGGAACAACUUGCGCUUGCUACUUAUUAUGUGUUUUUAUUCAAAUUAACCAAUGGAGAAAACGAUUUAUGUAUUGGAAUAAAUACACAUGGUCGAUAUAGAGAUGAACUUAACUCUAUUAUUGGAAUGUUUGUGAAUGCGAUACCUUUGCGAUGUCAACUCGAUCCUCAUUUAUCAUUUCAUAAAUUUACCAAGCGCGUUCAAAAUAAUAUGAUAAAUUGUAUGAAGUAUUCUUAUUUUCCUCUUCAACGUAUUCUCAAUCAACAUCCAAAUAUAUCAAAUCCUGUAUUUCUUGAUACAUCUCUGGAAUUUAUAUCAUACAAGAGUAACAAUGCAAUUAUGAUUGGUGAUUCUCAGCUUGUUCCAGCACCUUUCCCAUUCAAUAUGAAUGAAGAUGAAAGACUAAGUGCGUCCGACUUCUCUCUUUCUAUUUGCCAUGAUAUGAACAUGAAUCAACUGUCCUGCACAAUCAAUGCAUCACUUGACUUGUUCAAUCGAGAGACAGUCGAGAACAUUUCACAACGAUUUCAUUCCAUCUUACAUCAAUUAUCUGCAUCUAUUAUCGACAGUCAAAUAAACAAACCAAUCUAUGAAUUAUCAUUAACAUUAUCAAAUGAACAAUAUCUAAUGCAAUCACUGAACAAUACACAAAUAUCAUUUUCAUCUGCUCUCACUUGUAUCCAUCAUGAGUUUGUGUAUCGAGUAAUGAGACAUCCGCAGAAACUAGCUGUUGAACUAGAUGAACAAUCAUUGACAUAUUGUGAACUUCUAUAUUAUGUUCAAGUCUUAUCUUUCACUCUUCUAAAUGAAUAUCAUGUGUUUCAAGGUGAGGUCGUGUGUCAAUGUGUUGAGCGAAGUCUGUCAAUGGUAA